CUGAAUACUAUAGUUCUGAUUGCCGGAUAUAAAGCCAACACUGUCUUGAGACCCAUAGAUAUAUGCAUUAUGAACUUGGCAGUUAUCGAUCUUGGAAUGUCCUUAAUUGGAUGCCCCUUUGUUUUUUAUUCUUUCUUAACUCAUGGAUGGAAAUUUGGAAUGAUAGGAUGCCAACUAUAUGGGAUGAUGGGUUCGUUCCUUGGUUAUGCCAGCAUUAAUAUACUGACCCUAAUAGCAGUACUUCGGUAUAUAGUAAUGAGACAUAGGGCUCAAGCUAUUUGGAUCAACACAAAAACAACAGUAUUAAAAGGACUAGUAGCAGUCAAUGUAGCUGCACUGUUCUGGAGCAUUACCCCUUUCAUCGGCUGGGGACAGUUCGACAUUGAACCAACAAAAACAAGCUGUACUGUAAAAUUCUGGGACAAAAGUGCAAAUGUGCUAUCUUAUAUAAUUUCAAUAUUUCUGUUCAACUUUGUCAUUCCAAUGGUAUUGAUUCUGUUUACCUACUGUAGAGUUGCCCAAGCACUUCGUGGACACACAUGUCUCAGUAAAACAUCACAGACUGCAGAACAACGAAUCACAAAGAUUGGUAUUGCCAUCACGACUGGCUUCUUUAUCACCUGGAGUCCUUACGCCAUCGUAUGCUUCUGGGAAACUUUUCACAGUGAACCAGUCAAACCAGCUGUCAUAAAAGCUUUCCCAACAGUGUUCGCAAAAACAGCAACAUUAAUAAAUCCGAUUAUAUAUGUUAUAAUUGUCAAACGAUUUCGACUUAUAAUAAAACAUGAGAUUUUGUGGUGGAUCUUUGGGAAGCAUAAAAAGGAGAGUCCAGAUAUGAAUAGAUCAAUAGAGCUUGAGUUACAGCCCAGAGAAAGCACCCAUACCAUGUUGGUAUGACACCUUCAAAAUUAUCUAUGAAAUGGAUAUAGCAACACAGUUCUUUUUAGUAAAGACUGCUCUUGUUAGAAAGUCUGGACACCAUACUGUAAAUCCUUAAUAAUGUACGGCAAACACCUUUGGAACAACAUUAAUAUUACAAUAACGUC